GCGGUGCGCCGGCCGCAGCAGCCGUUGGGGGGUGAACCAACGGCAAAGGAAGACCUUUCUCUCUCUCACUCUCUCACUGUCCACUCUGCCUGUCAAAAGAAAAAAAAAGAUGAAUCAGACGAUUAACGUACGUACAUGGUAUCGUGGGGACCCCCAGCCUAGUCCAGUGUAUAGGAAAGUCUACCCAGAGGAAAUGUUUAAACUGACAGGCAACAGAUGAGUAGGAGUUGGCUAGAUCUGUGUGUGUGUGUGUGUGUGUGCAGCUUUUACAACAAAAGAGGCAUGCAUGCUGGGGAGACUGAAAUGUGUUCAGCGUGUCUACAGCAGGACUGGCCAAUAGUAUUCUGUAUGUUGAUGGGAAAGUUCUAUAUCUGUGCUGUCCUUUGAGCGUUUAAACGGGGCUUGAGGGGCAGUAGAAUUGCACGUUUAAUUUCGUGUUAUGAUUGAUUUAAACUGUAAUAAUAGCCACCAUGGCUGCUGAGCUGUGCAAGACAGUUGCAAUGAAAGAUGCAGGUGGGGCCAUGCAGAAAGACAUCUGGGCUGCACCUUGGGUCAUGUGAAAGAAUUUGCAUUUUAUUCCCACUGCUGUGGAAGGCCACGGCUGGGCGGAAGUGGGUUUAAGCUGAGGAGUGGGGAAAUCUGGUUUUCCUAUUUAGCAGCUUGCUUCAGUUACUGUAAGGAGAAUGGAUUGUGAGGCUGAGGGCGAGGCAAGAGUGAAGCUGGAACACUGGUUUGGAGGAGCCUGCAGUGGCUCGGGGAGAGUAGAUAGUGGCUUGGACCAGGCAGAAAGACAAAUUCUGGAUCUGGAGCCGGGACAGGGGCUAGGGGGUGGGUGAGGGACAGGGAGGCAUCCUAGGGCUCCUUGGUUUCUGUGUCCCCAAACUCCAAAGUUGAGCCCAGACCAGCGUUGAGGCAGGGAUUCUCAGCUAUGCUAGUACACACUGGCCUCCCUGUCGCCACCUGCUGGCUGGUGCUGGAAUUGCCUUUAACAAGGGCAACUCUGAAGCCAUCAGGGUGCCCAGGGUCAGGAGACUGGGGGAAAGGUCUGGGUGGGGGUUUGGGUGGUAUGGAGGGGGAUGUUUCCCAGGGAUGUCUGAUGGGCAUAACCUCUCCUGUCCCUGAGGGCCUCUGGCAUCAGCUCUCGCUCUCACUCUCGCUCUCGCUCUCUCUCUUCCCAUGGGUCAGCCAGGACUCAGUUACAGCCUCAGGGCUGCUGGAAGAUAUAUGGUGGGGAGGGGAGAGAAUCCCUCACCCCAUGCCAGCUCCCACUAGAGACAAGGUCCCAGCAUCUAGGGGCUGCCUCUGAUGCCCCCCGCCAAUCCCCACCUGGGCUUCAGGGUUAGGGCGGGGAGGGGGGAAUGGAGUGGGAGGAUUGCGGGGGCGGGGCGUGUCUCCCGCGGAGCAGGGUGUGGCCAGUGUCCAGAUGGUCAGUCUCUGGUGGCCAGCCUGCCCUGACCCCCACUCCCCACCGCGCUGCUGGCCGGGUGGGCUGCAGGCGGGGAACACCAAGGCGCCACAAUCUGCUAGCUCCGAGCAGGGCGGGGAGGUGCUUGCGGCUCCUCCACUGUCAGCGCCCGCCGCCCCUCCCGGCCUCACUUCCUCCCGCAGUCCCCGUUGCCGGAGAGGCUCCCGGAGCCCCGUGAUCCGCGCAGGGCCCGGCCGUCUGCCUCACCCUGGACUCAGCCUGGGCGUAAAUCGGUGGGCAAUCCCCGGGACGUCCUAAGGGGCUCGGGCCCCACGCCUGACUGGCCCCAGCCACCAGGCCCACCCGGACCUAGGAGCUGGGAGGAAGGAGGGACCCCUGACGGCUUCAUCUGCACAAGAGCGACCUCCUUGCCUUAGGAUGACCUCACCCUCCAGCCCUCCAGCUUUCCGGCUGGAGACGUCAGAUGGAGGCCAAGAUGGCGCUGAGGUGGACAAGGCGCAGCUGGGCUAUGGGGCGGGGCCGCCUCCCAUGGAGUCACGGUUCCAGGACGAGGACCGCAACUUCCCUCCUCAGAUCAAAGUGAACCUCAACUACAGAAAGGGUGCGGGUGCCAGCCAGCCGGACCUGAAUCGCUUUGACCGUGACCGGCUCUUCAACGUGGUUGCCCGGGGCAACCCCGAGGAUCUGGCCGGGCUACUAGAGUAUCUACGCCGGACCAGCAAGUACCUCACCGACUCAGAGUACACAGAGGGCUCCACGGGGAAGACGUGUCUGAUGAAGGCAGUGCUGAAUCUUCAGGAUGGGGUCAACGCCUGCAUCCAGCCGCUGCUGGAGAUUGACAGGGACUCUGGCAAUCCCCAGCCCCUGGUGAACGCCCAGUGCACGGAUGAGUACUACCGAGGCCACAGCGCCCUGCACAUUGCCAUCGAGAAGAGGAGCCUGCAGUGCGUGAAACUCCUGGUGGAGAAUGGAGCCAAUGUGCACGCCAAGGCCUGUGGGCACUUCUUCCAGAAGAACCAAGACACCUGCUUCUAUUUUGGCGAGCUGCCCCUUUCUCUGGCCGCAUGCACCAAGCAGUGGGACGUGGUGAACUACCUCCUGGAGAACCCGCACCAGCCCGCCAGCCUGCAGGCCCAGGACUCCCUGGGCAACACAGUGCUGCACGCCCUGGUGAUGAUCGCCGACGACUCGGCCGAGAACAGCGCCCUGGUGGUCCGCAUGUAUGACGGGCUGCUGCAGGCAGGGGCCCGCCUCUGCCCCAACGUGCAGCUGGAGGGCAUCCCCAACCUUGAGGGCCUCACACCCCUGAAGCUGGCUGCCAAGGAGGGAAAAAUCGAGAUUUUCAAGCACAUCUUGCAGCGGGAGUUCUCGGCCCCGUGCCAGUCCCUUUCUCGAAAGUUCACUGAGUGGUGCUACGGGCCCGUCCGGGUGUCACUGUACGACUUGGCCUCUGUGGACAGCUGGGAGGAGAACUCCGUGCUGGAGAUCAUCGCCUUUCAUUCCAGGAGCCCGCACCGCCACCGCAUGGUGGUUUUGGAGCCUCUCAACAAGCUGCUGCAGGCGAAAUGGGAUCGGCUCAUCCCCAGGUUCUGCUUCAACUUCCUGUGUUACCUGGUCUACAUGCUCAUCUUCACCGCCGUGGCCUACCACCAGCCAGCCCUGGAGAAGCAGGGCUUCCCACCCCUGAAAGCCACAGCCGGGAACUCCAUGCUGCUUCUGGGCCACAUUCUGAUCCUGCUCGGGGGCGUCUACCUCCUCCUAGGACAGCUCUGGUACUUCUGGCGCCGCCGCCUGUUCAUCUGGAUCUCCUUCAUGGACAGCUACUUUGAAAUCCUCUUCCUGCUCCAAGCCCUGCUCACGGUGCUGUCCCAAGUGCUGUGCUUCCUGGCCAUCGAGUGGUACCUGCCCCUGCUGGUGUCCUCGCUGGUGCUGGGCUGGCUGAACCUGCUGUACUACACACGUGGCUUUCAGCACACCGGCAUCUACAGCGUCAUGAUCCAGAAGGUCAUCCUGCGGGACCUGCUCCGCUUCCUUCUGGUCUACUUAGUCUUCCUUUUCGGCUUUGCUGUAGCCCUGGUGAGCCUGAGCCGGGAGGCCCAGAACUCUAGGACCCCCGCAGGCCCCAACGCCACAGAGGUGGGCCAGCCUGGCGCGGGGCAGGAGGACGAGGCACCCCCUUACCGCAGCAUCCUGGACGCCUCCUUGGAGCUGUUCAAGUUCACCAUCGGCAUGGGCGAGCUGGCCUUCCAGGAGCAGCUGCGCUUCCGCGGGGUGGUGCUGCUGCUGCUGCUGGCCUACGUGCUGCUCACCUACGUGCUGCUGCUCAACAUGCUCAUUGCCCUCAUGAGCGAGACCGUCAACAGCGUCGCCACUGACAGCUGGAGCAUCUGGAAGCUGCAGAAAGCUAUCUCUGUCCUGGAGAUGGAGAAUGGCUACUGGUGGUGCAGGAGGAAGAAGCAGCGGGCAGGCGUGAUGCUGACAGUGGGCACCAGGCCGGACGGCAGCCCUGAUGAGCGCUGGUGCUUUAGGGUGGGAGAAAUGAACUGGGCUACGUGGGAGCAGACGCUGCCGAGGACCCUGUGUGAGGAGCCAUCCGGGGCAGCAGCGCCUGGCGUGAUGAAGAACCCCACUCCAGCCUCGCAGCGCGGGGAGGACAGUGCCUCGGAGGAAGACCAUCUGCCCCUUCAGCUGCUCCAGUCCCGCUGAUGGCCGAAGCCAGCCGGAGGUCGACAGGACCCAGAGGGAAUCUCUCCCGCCGCACCUUCUGAUCCUGGAGCCCCAGUGAACCUGGGCUGCAAAUAUAAACUUUUUUUUUUCCACAA